UGGUCGGUAGCUAGUAUUCACUUCUGAAUUUAAAACAAAAACAAAGAAGUUUGAACAAAUAAUAAAAUGAAUUAGCUGUAUCUACAAUUUACAAACUAUGUACGAGGAAUCCAUUGAUGCCUUCCGCUUUGAAAAUAAGAACAAUAAAAAAGAAAACUCAAGGGGGAACUUUAUAUCAAAUUUUCUAAAAAACAAUAUAAAAAGCAACCAGUUAGAGAUAGACACAGAUGAAAACACGUUUAGGACUAUAGCCAAAUUGAAAGAACCCCGUGAUCUUUUUGCACUACCCAAGGAACUUGACUGUCCACAACAAGCACCGCGAUGGCCUUCAGAGUGUCAGGUUGUCGAAGAAAGAAUUCAUCACAUAACAUGGAGUCCAGCUACACCGGAACCGUACUAUUCGCCAUCAGGCAAAGAACUGAACCCUCAACCGGUUGGCGAGGAAGCGGGGACAGUAACAUUUCAGUAUUACCCCAUGAGUGCCGUAAAUUAUUUCAGUAGGUCGACUGUAGGAGGAUCACGACUGUAUCUAUCAGCUUGUGCAAGUGCUGGCGGAGACGACGAAUUAAAGUUCGAAUCACGGUUCGAAAGUGGAAACCUAGCGAAGGCGAUAAGAAUUACCAAUGCAUAUUAUGAACUUCAUCUCCGCACAGACCUUUACACAAAUAGACACAUGCAAUGGUUCUACUUUAGAGUUACAAAUACAAAAAAGCAAACAAUGUACAGAUUUUCCAUUGUAAAUCUGUCAAAGGCAGAAAGUUUAUACAACGAGGGCAUGCGACCUUUACUAUAUUCGACCAAGGACGCUCAACUGCAUUCUAUUGGUUGGAGAAGAUGCGGCGAUAACAUCGCUUAUUUUAAAAAUGAUCCACAAAACGAAGAAGAGGAACAAUUCCCGAGCUACACGCUCACUUUUAAUUUAGAGUUCCCUCAUACUGAUGACGCUGUCUAUAUAGCACACUGCUAUCCCUACACAUAUUCAGAUUUACAAGAAUAUCUAUCAAGACUGCAGUCUCAUCCAGUGAAAUCAACUUUUACAAAACUAAGACUUCUUUGUAGGACAUUGGCUGGAAAUAAUGUAUAUUACCUUACAAUAACCUCACCUCCGAAUUCAAAUGAAAUCGAACAAAAGAAAAAAAAGGCUGUUGUUAUCACAGCAAGGGUACAUCCAGGAGAAACUCCUUCAUCUUGGAUGAUGAAAGGCUUUAUGGAUUAUUUAACUGGAGACUCGAAUCAAGCUCGAGAGUUGCGAGAGAAAUUUAUUUUCAAAUUAGUACCUAUGUUAAAUCCGGAUGGAGUUAUUGUUGGAAACAACCGCUGUUCAUUAACCGGAAAGGACCUAAAUAGACAAUAUAGAACAGUAAUAAGGGAAACAUAUCCACCGGUAUGGCAUACGAAAGUAAUGAUACGAAGAUUACAGGAGGAAUGUGGUGUUGCGAUGUAUGUGGACCUCCAUGCACACUCCAGAAAACACAAUAUUUUCAUUUAUGGAUGUGAAAGUAGAAAAAAUACUGACAAACGAUUGCAAGAACAAGUAUUUCCAUUAAUGUUGCACAAGAAUGCUGCAGAUAAGUUUUCUUUUGAGAAUUGUAAGUUCAGAAUACAACGAAGUAAGGAAGGCACUGGCAGAGUCGUUAUUUGGAUGUUGGGUGUAGCAAAUAGUUACACGAUGGAAGCAUCAUUUGGAGGCUCCGAAUUAGGAAGCAGAAUGUCUACGCAUUUUUCCGUACAAGACUAUGAGAGCCUUGGUAGAAUGUUUUGUGAAACCUUGCUCGAUUUUUAUGAUGAAGAUCCUAGUAAAGAACGCUUACGAAAUAAGAUCGUUACAAGACUUUUAAAGGAAGGAUCCAACGCCGACGAACCCACAAAUAUAGAUCUGUCUGAUUAUUCCAGUGAUGAAGGAGACACAUCAAGCAGCAGUACGGACAGAGGAGUAAUGAGAGAAAAAGUUAAUUCUACGCAGACCGCACCUCCGCCUUCUCCAAUAAUUUUUCCCGAUAUCAAUGUCAAUACUGAGGAGAAACAUAAAAAGCUGCGUCCUAAAUUGGAAAAGUCAAAAAGGAUUGAAAAAAAAAAGACUAAAAGAGAAACUUUACAGGUCUCUAGAGCUACUAUUGAUUUGACUUCAGAUGCAAUAACAGAUGGUUCAUCAGAUGUUGAAUCAUGCGAUGAACACCAUAGCCCAGUUAGGGGAGUGAAGAAAUUUGUCCAAAUUACAAAACCAAAACCAAGAAGAAAAAAGAAAAUGCCACCAGAACUGAAAAUAAUACCUGCGCCGACUAGUGAUUCCCCUUAUCACUCUGAUCAAGAACGAAAACUAUCAAAAUGUCAAAGACCUAGAAGUGUAUCAAUGUUCAAUGAAUCAAUGGAAAAACCAAAGCUUCAACCAGCAUCUUGGCAUCAAUUUAGGUGUUUACCACCAGCAAAAUGCCUUUCUGACAUAAGAAACCGAAACAGCCAGUCAUCGGCACUUCAUGUUAAGUUGAAUACGCUAAAGAGAAAUAUUUGGAGUGGUGUGCAAGCGGAAGAAAAGGGCCCUUUAUCGUGGGGUAUAUCUAGUUUUGCUAUGAAUUCAUACUUCACUGAUAGUGAAGCUUUAUUGAGGAAUGCUUUCGUAAACAGAUCCUGCUCAAAAAAACUUGAAGAGCUUGAAGGCGAACAAAAGAAAAACAAGGAGGAAAAAAAGAAAAAGAAACCAAAAACUAAAAAGUUAUUAUUGAAAGUGCCAAAUUCUGUUAGUGAUACUUUAGAAACAAUUGACAACAAACAUAAAAAAAAGUGGAAAAAGAAAGCUAAAUUGAAACACUCAAAAUCAGAAACAUCAAACUAUAUUAACAAUACAAGUUUCACUGAAAUACCUCGGAACACACAAUCAUUACUGAAAAAUCAGAAUGGAUGUAAGCAAGCAAAAAUGGCAUUUCGUAAAGGAGCAAUCAUUACAACAGCUGUACAAACAAAAAAGGUUAUUCCUAAGGGAAACACCUUAUUGGUUUCCGAUAACACAGAUAGUGAUGACUCAGUCCAGUCUAUACCGAAGACAGUGAAGAAAUUAAAGUGUAAAACUAAAUUUUCUAAAAAUGUAUCUGAUAUUAAAUCCAAUAAAAACUAUUAAACAAUAUAUUUUAUAUUCAAUUUGUAUAAAUUUUAAUGAAUUAAAGUUAUCUUAGUUUUAAUAAAUUUAAAAAAAAAGGACGCCCUUGUGAUAAGACUUUAUGGUGAUUUCAGUGAUACUAUUUAAUUCAAACACAUAUUGAAGGUCACUUUGAGGAUUCUUUGCUUACUUAAUGAAUUAAA